GUAGCAGAGGCAGCAGGCCGUGCCGGGGGGGCAUGUUACAGUAAGCAGCGGCCCAGGGGAUGUUACGGUGGACAGUGCACCUGGAGGGCGGGCCCCGCAGAGUGAACCAUGCGGCAGUGGCCGUCGGGCACCGGGUCUACUCCUUCGGGGGCUACUGCUCCGGUGAAGACUAUGAGACGCUGCGCCAGAUUGAUGUGCACAUUUUCAACGCAGUGUCCCUACGUUGGACAAAGCUGCCCCCUGUGAGGCCUACCUCGCGAGGAAAGGUUCCUGUGGUGCCGUACAUGCGAUAUGGACACUCAACGGUCUUCAUCGAUGACACGGUCUUCCUGUGGGGUGGGCGGAAUGACACCGAGGGGGCCUGCAACGUGCUCUAUGCAUUUGACGUCAAUACUCACAAGUGGUCAACACCACGAGUGUCGGGGACGGUUCCUGGGGCCCGGGAUGGACACUCGGCCUGUGUCCUGGGCAAGACCAUGUACAUAUUCGGGGGCUACGAGCAGCUGGCGGACUGUUUCUCCAAUGACAUUCACAAGUUGGACACCAGUACCAUGAUAUGGACCCUUAUCUGUACCAAGGGCAACCCUGCACGCUGGAGGGACUUCCACUCAGCCACCAUGCUGGGCAGCCACAUGUACGUCUUCGGGGGUCGUGCCGACCGCUUUGGGCCAUUCCACUCCAACAAUGAGAUUUACUGCAACCGAAUCCGCGUCUUUGACACCAGGACCGAGGCCUGGCUGGACUGUCCACCCACACCAGUGCUGCCUGAGGGUCGCCGGAGCCACUCGGCCUUUGGCUACAAUGGGGAGCUGUACAUUUUUGGGGGUUACAAUGCAAGACUGAACCGGCAUUUCCACGACCUCUGGAAGUUUAACCCCGUGUCCUUUACCUGGAAGAAGAUUGAACCGAAGGGCAAGGGGCCAUGCCCCCGCCGGCGCCAGUGCUGCUGUAUUGUCGGUGACAAGAUUGUCCUCUUUGGGGGUACCAGCCCAUCCCCGGAGGAAGGCCUAGGUGAUGAGUUUGACCUCAUAGAUCAUUCGGACUUACACAUUUUGGACUUUAAUCCAUCCAACCUGUCAUUCGAGGAGCUGCUGGAAUUGCAGAGCCACGUGGGGACGAAGAAGUACAAGCAGUUGGUAGCUGGCAGCAGCACUGAGAAGCCAGACUCGAGAGCGCCUGCGUGUGUGGCCGACAAGCACAAGCCUCUGGAAAUGUCAUCCAAAGCCCGGGUGCCGUUUUUGCGGCAGGUCGUCCCUGUCAGUAAGAAGGUGGCCCGGGACCCCCGGUUUGAUGACCUCUCGGGGGAAUAUAAUCCUGAGGUGUUUGACAAAACCUAUCAGUUCCUGAAUGAUAUCCGAGCCAAAGAACAAGAGCUUGUGAAAAGGCAGUUGAAGAAGUGCCGCUCAGGAGAGGAGCAGGAGAAACUGCAGCUGCUGCUUCAGCGCUUAGAGCAGCAAGAACAGGCGCAGCAGGAGCGGAAGCGGCAGCAGGAGCUACGCCUGGCCCUGAAGCAGGAGCUGCGUGCCCGGGCCCAGCAGGGCCACCGGCCGUUCUUCCUGAAGAAAUCGGAGCAGAGGCAGUUGGCCCUAGCGGAGAAGUUCAAGGACCUGAAACGCAGCAAGAAGCUGGAGAGCUUCUUGAGUCGAAAGAGGCGCCGUAAUGCAGGCAAGGACAGGAGACAUCUCCCCUUGAGCAAAGAGUAAUAAGGAACUCUGCAGUUCUGCCACCUCCCGGCGCGAAACGGGGCUGCCGGGGUCAGCCUUGGCUGAGCCUGUCCUCUGACCAAGGGCAGAAUCGCGGCAGAGUUCUUGGACUGCCCUGCUGGCUGGGCAGAGCGAGCAGCUCCAUCUCCAGUGCCUUCCUUGCCACACUGUCUCCACUGGGACGGGCUUCAGCACACCCUGCAGCCCUCCCCUGGAGCCAAGGGCGGCCAGUGAAAGCCAAGCCUCUGCUGCUGUUCCCCAGGCUGAGACUAUGUGCAGCUGCCACUUCAUGAACACCCUGCCCGUCUUGUCACUCCUCUCUGUGAUCCGCUGUGUGUGAGAUUUGCCGGUGGCCUGGAAGGACUGGCUGCCUCAGUGGGCCAUGGGUGGGUGUCAGAGCUCAGUAUUUGGAGGGGAUUUAAAGAUGACAUCACCAAAGCCAGCUCACCCGCUUACCUUUGGCUUUGGCUGGGGGAUGGGCGGUGUGGACAGUUUUCCUAGUCGGUCCCAUCACAGCCGGCACUCAGACCAUCUGACCCACGAGAUCAGGAAAGCCCUCCAGCGAGCCUGCUACAAGCCAGUUGACCUCUCAGUACCUUCAGACUGCUCCUCCCCUCAGCCAGGACCUAGAGUGGGCUUUCUGUGGUUCAUAGCUGUAUUAAAAUUCCCCUAUUUAAAGUGUA